AGGCGGCGGAGCGCGAUGGGGUUCGCCGGCGAUGGUGGCGUGUGCGCGCUGUGGCGCCGGGCCGAAGGCCCCGAGGAGCGGCGGGGGGGGGGGUCGCGGCGCUUCGGCUGGCUGCUGCCCGCCCGGCCCGCCUGGGCGCUGCAGGAGCUGCCCUCCCUCCUCGUCCCGCUCGGGCUCGCCGCCUGUGGCGGGGCGGUGGCGGCCGCCCGGCCCAACCGCGUCCUGCUGGGCUGCUUCGUGCUGCACUACGCGCACAGGGCACUCAUCUUUCCUCUUCUGAUCCGUGCAGGAAAACCAACACCGUUUUUCACUUUUGUGUUAGCACUUCUGUUCUGUGUUUUCAAUGGAUACUUGCAGGGCCGAAGCUUAACCGCCUAUGCAGCUUACCCUCCAGGCUGGCUGGGUGAUUCACGCUUCAUUACAGGUUUUUUGGGGUGGUUGAUUGGCAUGGCCAUCAACAUUCAUUCUGAUCAUAUUCUCAGAAAUCUGAGAAAACCAGGGGAAACUGGUUACAAGAUACCAAGAGGAGGAAUGUUUGAGUAUGUCAGUGGAGCCAACUUUUUUGGAGAGAUCCUGGAAUGGUUUGGGUUUGCCCUUGCCUGCUGCACCAUUGAAAGCCUUGCAUUUGCGUUGUGUAGUCUCUUCAUCCUGGGUUCAAGGGCAAGACAACACCACAAAUGGUACCUUGAGAAAUUUGAAGACUAUCCAAAGGACAGAAAAAUUGUCAUCCCAUUUUUGUACUGAGCUGUGCUUUUUACACUUUGAGAUGGAUGCUUUUACUAACAGCCAACAUUUUGCAGAUGCUGGUAGGUUAGCAACAGACUCCGAUCAUCACUGUGACAAAGCCUUUCCAUCAGUGCUGCUAUUACUUACUGCUUUUUCCUCUUAAUGGUAACCCAGAAAUCUGAUGGACAGGGUGAAUAGGAACAAAAAUGCUUUUCCAGCAGUGAAGCACCAUCAUAAAUACAUUAGGCAAUGAGUCUGAAUUGGCAUCAUGGGAAGUACUGUGCACGACUUCUGAUACUUCUUUUUCUGCCUGUGAGGGCUUCUGCUUUUUCCAGUCAAUGCAGCCAAGCUGUCCUGAGGAUUGUGCUGUGAGCUCAGCCACCCUUACUGCAGUCUGUGUAGGGUGUUCUGCCUACAUACACAAAUAGGGUUGAUUUUUUUUUUUUUCCCUUGCCUUGCUAAUCCUUUCAAUUCCCCCCACUGUCAAGAGCUGGUGAUUUAGACCAAGGAAUUAGAUGAAUACAGCUGCUUUUAGAUGAGAGGCAAUGUUUUUCCUUCUCUUUGCACUCUUACAAAUAUAGGGACACUGUACAGAAAAAUAUUUAAUUAUAUUUACAUAAAAGUUGUACAGCUAAUAGAUUAAUAUUGUCAUCUACCUCUUAAAAUUGAUAGCUAUCUCAAUAUGCAAUAGGUGUCUUCUCACUCUAAACUGGUUUUGGAAGUCUACUUAGGAUACUUAAGCCAAUCUAGCAUUGUUAACAAUUGUGUAAUGUCUUCUAACUUAAUUUAUAAAAAAACCUUGAGAUUUAAAAGAAAAAUUCUUACUAUGCUGUUUUUAAAAAAAUCAAGUGUCUUCCUUGUUCUGUUGCUAAUGUUGUAGAUGAUUUUGUAUUCUAAAAUUCUGGAGCCUUGUAUCAGUUCUCAUAGCCCAACCUCUUGCUCAUGAAGGACUCCAGAAUGGUUUCAAGAACAUGAUGGGAUCCCAAGCAUACAGGUUUUCAAGUUAUCUGUGUCUUCUGCAUGAUCGUAAUGAUAAAGAAUCUUUUAGAAUUGCUGACACCAAAAAAAACCUCAAAACAACUCAAGGGAAAUCUAAAAAAACAAACAAAAAAAAACCAACCAAAAAAA